AUGAUGGCAUCAUCAACAACAACAACAUAUGAGCAAAUCUUGCGUACAUUACCUGGAUCUUUCGUUCGUUCCAAAAUAUUUCGAAUUGUUAUGCAGGUGCUUGCAUCGUCAACUUCUUAUAAUGAUGAAAGUUCAACGCUAUCUGAAUUAAAUUUUAUUUUUAAUCACACAAUAACACCUUCUCCUCAUUUCAAGCAAACAUCAAUGAACGAUAAUAUAAUUAAUCGUACUAAUGAAGCGUUAUCCAAUAUUACUAUCGAACAUAUGCAGCAAAAAUUGGAUCAUCCAAAAUUUAUAUGUAUCAUAGCAAUUGGAAGUGUAUUUGCUUUCUUAACAACAGGUGGUAAUUUGAUGGUUAUGGUAAGCUUCAAAAUUGACAAGCAAUUGCAAACAAUCAGUAAUUAUUUUUUAUUCAGUCUUGCUGUUGCUGAUAUUGCUAUUGGGAUAGUAUCGAUCCCAGUUAUGACAUACUAUAUGGCCGCUGAUACUGUUUGGGGUUUAGGCUAUGCAAUGUGCCAAUUUUGGUUAUGUCUCGAUUAUAUGAUGUGUAAUGCAUCUGUGCUCAAUUUAUUGCUUAUUUCAUUUGAUCGUUAUUUCUCUGUUACUAGGCCAUUAACUUAUCGUCCAAGAAGAACUGCAAAGAAAGCAUUCUUGAUGAUAGCCAGUACUUAUAUUGCUUCAGCUCUGCUUUGGCCACCAUGGAUUAUUAGUUGGCCUUAUAUUGAAGGUCGAUUUACUCAUCCUGACCGUUGCGUUAUACAAUUUAUUGAAACGAAUCAAUUUGCUUCUGUUGGUACAACAAUUGCUGCAUUUUGGUUACCUCUUGUAAUUAUGAUUAUAUUAUAUUCACGAGUAUAUUAUGAAACAAAAAAGCAACAAAAAGAUAUGUGCCUUUUGCAAGCUGGCCAGAAUCAGCAUAGGAAAGAUAAGAAGAAAGCACAGUCAAAUGCAUCAACAAAUUCAACCAAAAAUUCUUUCGUUGGACGAACGAAAAAUUCAUUACCAAAUUUUUCAUCAAAGAUAGUGAGAAAGCAAAAUUGUUGUUUACGGAUUUUUCAUGAAAAAACCGUUGGUAGCUCAAUGGAAGAAAGUGGCGGCGAUGUUCAACAAAUUGGUCCAGAUGAAGUCUCAGUAGCAAGCAGUAAUUAUAUCCGAUAUUACAGUGCACAAAAUCGUUUAAAACGAUCACCACAAGCAAGCUUAAUUAAUCAGGAAAGUAACAGUUUAUUAACGGAAACAAUAUCACCUGCAGGUGAUCGAAUUUCACGUAAAGAUAAAUCUUCCACAUAUACUGUUUUAAUUGAAUUAAAAGAUAGCGAGCAAGGACAGUCACGUAUACGUCUUUCAUCGUGCGAUUCGGAUAUUUCUGAAUUAUCACGCUCUGGAACGGACAGAAUAGAAGAUGUUCGUAAAAAUAUGGUUUCUCAACAACUUUUAAAUGGAACUAUUUUAGCCAACAAAUUAUUUAACGAGCAACGAAAAAGUGAGAAGGAACGCAGAAAAAAUGAAAGAAAGCAAGAAAGUAAAGCAGCAAAAACACUUUCCGCCAUUUUAUUAGCAUUUAUUAUUACUUGGACGCCUUACAAUGUUAUUGUAUGCUGGGAAGCAUUUUAUAAAGAUUCCAUUCCGGCGGUAUAUUUUCAUAUUGCAUACUUUUUAUGCUACAUCAAUUCAACGAUAAAUCCAUUUUGUUAUGCUUUUUGUAAUCCACGAUUUCGUCUAACUUAUAUGCGAAUUUUAACGGGAAAUUGGAAACGACAGAAUGUCCUUGGCUUAAGCAAAAUGGCAUUUUUGAAUCGAAGUUAA